AGCGAAAGAAACUUCACGUUAAAGUAAAUACUAAAAAUAUUGAUGUGGAUAAUAUAUAUGUACGUUUUCUUUCUGCCUAACAAAACUUACUUCACUCUUCCACCUUUCUACCUUACAAAGCAAAACUCCAUCAUUGCAACAAAAAAAAAAAAUGAAACUCCAAAUCUUCUUUAGCUCUAAAUUAGCCUUCUUCACUUCCAUCUUCUUACUUCUAUCGAUUCCUCAUGCAGUUUCAGCUGACCGGUCUAAUCACACCGGUUUUCUCCAAUGUCUCUCUCUCCGGUUAAACGACUCCAACAUCGUCUCAAAAGUCAUACAUACACCAAACGAUUCUUCUUUCUCCUCCGUCUUAACUUCCUUAAUACAAAACCAGAGAUUCUCUGCUCCUGAUACACCUAAACCGGUUUUAAUCCUAACUCCGGUUCAACCUUCCCACGUCCAAUCGGCGGUUAAAUGCGCACGCCGGUACGGCAUCCACAUCAGAACAAGAAGCGGAGGACACGACUACGAAGGUCUAUCUUACGUCACACACAAGCCCUUCGUCGUCAUCGAUCUAAGGAAUCUCCGGUCUAUCGCAAUCGAUGUCGAUAACCGGUCGGUUUGGGUCCAAACCGGAGCCACGAUCGGUGAAUUAUACUACGAAAUCGGUAGAAAAAACAAAACUUUAGCGUUCCCCGCCGGUGUUUGCCCCACCGUCGGCGUCGGAGGACACUUUAGCGGCGGAGGGUACGGUACCCUUCUGAGAAAACACGGUUUAGCGGCCGAUCACGUGACGGACGCGCGUGUGGUCGACGCGCGAGGGAGGAUUCUUGGAAGGCGAGAGAUGGGAGAAGAUUUCUUCUGGGCGAUUCGUGGAGGUGGUGGUUCGAGCUUUUGCGUUGUUCUCUCAUGGAAGAUCGGUUUAAUCGAUGUUCCGUCGAGGUUAACCGUCUUCAACGUCACGAAAUUCUCAGAACAGAGCGCUUUGAAGAUCAUCCAUCGUUGGCAGUUCGUCUCUGAUAAAGUCUCUGAUGAUUUAUUCGUGCGAGUUAUGUUGCAGAGAUACAAGAACAUGGUUCGAGCUUCGUUUCCGGGUCUGUAUCUCGGUUCGGUUACUAAUUUAUUGAAAUUGGUAAACCGGGAAUUUCCUGAGUUGGGUUUGGAGAAGAGAGACUGUAAAGAAAUGAGCUGGAUCGAGUCAGUGGUUUGGUUCGCCGAGUUAGGAGAAGAACCGAUCGAUGUUCUUAGAAAACGCACACGCGCGUCGCUGUCUUUCAAGGCUAAAUCCGAUUUCGUUCAAGAACCGAUGCCUGAGAUCGCGGUUUCCAAGAUUUGGAGAAGAUUGCAAGAACCGGAAGCAGAGUUUGCUCAGCUGAUCUUCACACCGUUUGGUGGUAAAAUGAGUGAGAUUUCGGAUUACGAGACGCCGUUUCCGCAUCGUAAAGGGAAUGUAUACGAGAUUCAGUAUUUGAAUUAUUGGAGGAGAGGAGAAGAGAAAGAGAAGUGUAUGAGAUGGGUGGAGAGAGUUUACGAUGAGAUGAGUGGGUUUGUAGCGAGAUCUCCGAGAGGAGCUUAUAUUAAUCUGAGAGAUCUUGAUUUGGGGAUGUAUGUUGGUGUCAAGAGGAGUAAGUACGAGGAAGGUAAGAGUUGGGGAGUUAAGUAUUUUAAGAAUAAUUUCGAGAGAUUGGUGAGAGUGAAGACGAGUGUUGAUCCUUUUGAUUUCUUCUGUGAUGAACAGAGCAUUCCUACUCUUAAAUCUGUUCAAGUUAUGUGAAAGAGUCGAAUGUUUUGAAAAAAUGAAAGAUUGGAGAUUUUUUGUGUCGGAAAAACAGGAAGCAUGGAGUGAUAGUGAGUGUUUGUGUUAGUGUAUAGUAUAUGUUAUCAAGUAGUUUAAAAAUAUUUGAA